CUCCUUCCGGGCUACAACAAUAUUAUCAAUUUUACCAUAGAUUAGUGGUCAGAUAGAUUUUUUUUUUAGUGUGUUUUAUCUGUAAGUCUUUCUGAAGAUUUGGAAAAUGGCACAGCCUGCCAGACUGAUCCUGUGUGUUGGUCUAGUGUGUGCUGGGAUAUUUGCAGUCUCUUCCACACAACCCAAUGGACGGAUCCGCACUCGACGGGCAGUGGCUAUGGAUGCUUAUUUAUUGUCCACAGAGAUCACCAACUUUCCGUUUACCGACUCCCUUCUCCAUUCCGACACUGUUUACUACAGAUAUGUAGAGUCAAUGGUUGAUUCAGUGUUGACUCAAGCCUUCAAUACCUCUGGUGGCACAGCAGGAUAUUAUCUGGGGACUGCAGACAUACAAUUCACGAAAGGUCAACUGAUUUAUACUCAGGCGACUAUUCUUUUCAAGACUCCAAACUUCUUCAACCACAUUUUAGUUGGAAAUAUAUUCACAGACUAUAUGAGUCAAACAACAAGCACACCGUUCACAAUUAACUCUUUAAACACAUUCGUGACCCCAUCUACUGUACCCACCACCACCACCUGGUCUCCCAGCGCCUACAGCUCCAGAGGGGUGUUCGUCAGUGAGAGCACGUUCCCAUUCCCAACCAGUUCCAGCACUGUUGGGCCUCAACUGCCAGCCGAUUCAACAGCCUAUUGCUUCUACAUGGAGAUCACCAAUCGAGUCUUUCAGGACUCUCUCCUGAAUCCCAGUUCAGCCAACUACAUUUCGCUACAGUCUGAGGUUGAGGAUUUGAUGGAUUAUGCCUUCAACUGCUCAUACUGCCCCCUGCUUGAUCUCUACACAGGCGCUACGUGCAUGGCCUUCAAGGCGGGGUCUUCCUCAGUGCUAGUGAAGAUGAAACUCACUUUCCACACACGAAUGUUGAAUGCUGUCGUGGUGAAAUACUUAUUCCUGCACCAAAUGGCUGCACAACCACCCACAGAUCUGAAACUUAACCUCGCGUAUACAAGAGAUGUGCAGACACCUGCAGAUGCCACAUAUCCUCUUCUGCAAGGACCAGCUCCUGAUCAACUGCCCAGGUUGUCAGAAUCUUACAAAGGUGCAGCACAUCUUCAGCCAUGGAGUUAUUCUCAGUGAUGCACUCCAAUUCCAGCAAGCAGCGGGCCAACAAUGCCCACAGCAAGCCUUGUGUUUCUCUUCUGUAAGGUCUUCUUUUGCUUCUGAGAACUGGGUUAGAAUAUGAGCGAUGGUAGAGUAUAGUUAAAUAGCUGGGCCCGCGUGCAGUAGCCUGAAAAGUUGUGUGUUCAAUUCCCGGCUUCCACCAUUGUGUCCUUCAGCAAGGCACUCAAAAAAAUAAAAUAAAAACCUCAAGAUGCUCUGGGGACAAUGUGGUCCCUUGAUCUAAUUGACAUAAGUGUACUUUGUCCGUUAAAUUAAUACAUGUAAGUAGACACAGUGUCAUGGUUGUUAUAUGGUUUACUUAUAAAACCAUCCCCUCAGAGAGCCUUGUGUUUGUGUUCUACAAGUUUGUGUACUGCUCCCGAGAACUGUGCUAUAAAAUAGUGUAUAUUUGUUUAUAAAAUGAAACCCUUAGUACCUGAGAUCACCACAAGGGGGCCCUAACACCAUUGAGUGGGGAACUCUGCCUCCUCCCAGAUGCCCAAACCAUUACCCUCUGUGGUUUAUGGUAACCACAGUGGGCUUCAACUACUCUCAUUUUAAAAGUUAAGAUCAGCAGAUAUGAUAUGUUUCACAACGAACAGAUGAAGUUGACUUAAUAGUAAAUUAAUAUUUUCCAAAAGAGACUCAAUUGUUAUUGAAGAAGGGAAAACACUGACUGAGACACUGACUUUUUACUUUUUUGUGUGUGUGAUGUUACCACAAAAGUCAUUUUCUGUGGCUCAUAAACAUCGAAUUUGUGUACACUGUCUACACUGCACUAUAUCCUGUCAAGUGUGCAGUAUGUAGCUACCAUCUGUCUAUACUUUGUAUAUCACAUUGCACUUUUCUGCUUUUUUGCACUUCUGGUUAGACGCAAAUUGCGUUUUGUUGUCUUUGUACUUGUACUCUGUAUAAUGACAAUAAAGAUGAA